AUGGGAGCGGUCUGCGGGGGUCCGGGCUGGAGGGUGCUCCUGCGAGCCCUGCCCCUGCUCUCCGUGCUGCAGCCCCUUCCCCGGGUCAGCUCAAAGGAUGAUGCCCUCUUCCCCUGGAGAGCUGGCCCAUUUCAGACCGAUGCGCAGAGACCCCUGCACUUAAGAGAAACUUUCCGUGAGAGUUGUAGGGAAUCAAGCUUUUCAGAUGGGGAGCAGAUUAUUGGCAAGGUUUCUGCUUCCCCGUGUGUGACUAGUGUCGGGUACAAGCAUAAGCCACCCCCCACCCCGCACUGUCUUCCAGGGGACACAGGUGGAUGCCGGCCAGCUGACUGCUGUGGCCAGGGCCAUGACCCAGUGACACCAGGAAGGACCUCGGUCCUGAGGGCCCAGGAAUCCCCGAAAGGCAUUUCUGAUGACCCGCAGAGGUACGUCUGGGCUGCCUACUUCUGGUCCUCCCCCUGCGCCAUGCCCCCGAGAGCCGCGGAGCCCGCGGGCCUUCAUCCAUCCGAUGGAGCGCCAGUCGGGGCCCACGCUAAUCCCACGCCUUUCAGGAGCACUGAGAAGGCCAGCGGUCCUCUGGGUGCGAGGACAAGUGGGAGAGAAGAUGCGGGACUGGAGCACCCACCCCCGCUGGUGUCACGGGACAAGAAUAUUUUGAGAACAACCAGCAGAACAGUGCUAAGUGCUGUCAGCGGGAGGAUGCAGGCUGCUUCAGAUUGGGGAGACUAUGCCGACAGCACAGAGGUACCGAGCAUGGAUAAAGUGAACGUUUCAGAAUGAGAAAGACGGUCGGCUUCAUGUUUUUAUUGUGGUCGUUCUGCCACCAUAAGAACGUAGCACUGGGCCAUCAGAACUUGGAAGUCGGCAUGCUUCUAAAAACACAUGGCCUGCUUUGGGAUUCUGCCUCACACUGGCCCUGUAAUCUAUGGUUUUACUCACCCCAAUGAAAAUUAAACGUUGAUGCAUACAGAGAACAAACUUGAUCUUUCCGAUGGCAAACACAGGGUGCCUGGAUGCAGACGUUUCUUUGUCCUUCCUGGUGACUAGCGCAU